CGACCAGCCGCCAGCAGUUCAGUCGCUCGCGCUCGCCGGUGCCGGACGGACGGACGACGGCGUACUCCGUGGCGGUCCGGGUGUGCGCCAGCACGGCAGCCUGUCGUGGCGGAGACGGAGACGGCGCCGGAGCCACGGUCCCCCAGAGGACCGGCGACAUCACCGACCAGUCAGCAGGUGGAGUCCGGUGCUAUGAUAAUGAACGCGCUGUACCCCGACGGCAGCGUCCUGGCGGCGCCUCCGCCGCGCAAGGAGCAUCUGUCGGUGCUGCCGCCCGAGCCCUCGUCGCCGCCGACCGCCGGCGGGUCAUCGCCGGCGCUGCCGCCGCCGCCGCCGUCAUCGUCAGGAGGGCGCCGCCGACUCGGCUCCAGCCAGUCGGGCAGCUACGACUGCCGCUUCUGCGGGAAGCUCUUCAGCAACCGCAGCAACAUGGUAGUCCACGAGCGCACGCACACCCACGAGCGGCCGUACACGUGCAGCUACUGCGGGCGCACAUUCUCGCAGCACGGCCAGAUGGUGAUCCAUGUUCGAUCGCACACCGGACAGAGGCCGUUCAAAUGUCCUCACUGUGUCAAAGCGUUCACCUCCAGCAAGGUCCUCAAAAUUCACAUCCGCACGCACACGGGUGAGAAGCCGUACGCCUGUGAACACUGCGAUAAGCGGUUCGCAGCGUACGCAAACCUUGUUGUGCACAGACGAAUCCACACGAAAAUCCGUCCAUACAAGUGCGAGUACUGCGGCCGCACGUUCGAGCACAGCGGGAACCUGCAGCGGCACACCAAGAUACACCUGCGCGACCUCGGCAAAAUGCGCGAAGUGGCGGCGACGUCCGCUUCGUCAGCGACGCGCGUCCCGGUCCUGGUGCCUGUGUCCGAGGCGGUGCGGCGCUCCCCGCCUCACGUGCCCACGUCUCCACAGCGCCUCGACCUGCUGAGAGCGGCCGCAGGGCCGCCCCCUCCCGCGCACAUGCCUCUGGUGGCAGCGCCGCAACUGCAGCCGCCAGCGCAACUGCCGGUCCAAGAGCGACAGCAGCAUCAGGAGCCGGAGAGCCGUCACAAUCACAUUGCUCACCACCUUCAGCAGCUGCAGCAGCAGGAGCGCCGAGAGCAGCUACAGCAGCGUCAAGAGCAGCUACAGCAGCAGCGGCAAGAGCAGCUGCAGCAGCAGCAGCAGCAGCAAGAGCGGUCCCAGCUGCAGUCGCAGCUGCAGUCCCCGCUGGCGCUGUCCAUGUCGCCGCGCGACCAUUCUGUCCGUCCCGGAGAGGCUGUGGAGCCGCCGAGUCUGCGCUGUCGCCUGUGUCAGGUCGCCUACAGCUCUCCCGGCGAACUGCUUGAGCACCGCUGUCCGCAGCUGCGCGAGCAGCUCGAAGGGCGCGCGAACGGAGUUCGGGAGCGGCCGGGAGGGGACGUCGCCGGACUGCCGACCAGCUUCAUCGAACUGUACGACUACAUCAACCAGCUUCGGGAGCAGGCCCACACCCAGCAGCGGGGACAGCGACAGCAGCGUCAGCGGUCUGAGCCCGACACGCAGCAGCAACGGAAUCACGAGGAGCACCAUGACCCGCGUGAGUACCAGGGGGAGCCUGAGCAGAAGAGACAGCGCCAGGGGUCUGGUCAGCAACAGUAUUUUUCCGAUCGUCAACAGCAUCUACAUCCCGUUAAUAAUCAUCACCAUCGACAGUAUCAAUAUCAUCACCAUUAUCCGGAGCUCCCGGAACAGCCACUAUACGUGCUGCGACAGCAAGAGCUCGCCCGUCUUCACCAGCAUCACAAACAGCAACAGGAGGAGCAGCUUCAGCAGCUGCAACCCGCCAGGGACCCGUCCCACCGACAUAUCUACUACCUCCCUAGUCAGGGCCAGCCGUGGGGGAGUCAGCCGUCGCGACCAUCGCUCUCGCCAGACGGAUUCUCAGCGCACCGGUCGCCGUCGCGCCCCGAGUCCAGCCGGUACGGCGGGGAGACUGCCGGGUCGGAGCCGACGCUGCGCCGAUCCCAGUCGUCCAGCACCGACUGGCAGGUGCUCUCCCUGAGGGCCGGCUUCCCGGCGGCUUCGCGAGCGUCCGAGACCGCCCCGCCGGCACCGGCGGCGCGCACCGAAAAAGCCGGUGUGCCAAAGUUCACCUGGAUGUCGACGUAUCUGGCGGAGGGUGGCGAGGAGCGGCGCGGCGCGCCCUCAGCGCCUCAGGCGCCGCAGCGACCGGACGUGAUUCGUCCUCUGCCGCUGACGGUGUCGGCGUCGGGCCGACCUGCUGGCGGGGCCGGCGAGUCCCCGCCGACUGGUCGGCCACCCUCUGCUCAGCCGGCCUCCCCGGCUGACUCGGAACACUCCGAGUCGCGCCUUGUUAUCGACGAGGCGAGACAGGAGACCGACGACACGAAACAAGGGGCCGACCGGGCUCGGCACGUGAGCGAAGGUACGGGGCACCUGAGCGACGGAAUAGGGCAUGAGACCGAUGGGACAAGACCAGGAGGCGCCGCAAAUAGACCUGAUACCGACGAGGAGGCCAAGUCGCCGCGGAGGAAGCGCGCACUCCCUGCCCUGCUCCCUAUUGGUCAGUUUGGCCAGUGAAGAGCUCAUGACGAUCGCUCCUUAUAGGUGCCUUACAAUGCGACGGCGUCGACUCCCCGAACGCCAUUUGACAAUAGUGUUUGGUGUUGGUGUUAAAUGUAUUCAGCCAGUGUCUAAGUCAGGACCGGAUGAAAUUUGGGGCGUUAUUUUGGGAGACUGUUGUGUGCCGUGUUGUACAAUGUGUGCCGAAGUUCGGCCUAUUGUCACGGGUUUAUUUUGUUCAAUGCUGCUGCGUCGUGGCGGUGGUGUUUCGUUGGCGCGUGUUGUAAACGUCUGCUAACUAAGUACAUGUCUCGGCUUGGGCUGUGUAACGUUAGAAUGGGUCCGUUGUUACCUGAAUGUUAACGCGGGGGUGUUAGCCAGUGGGGAGGGGAGAGGGCUGCGGAUCUCGCAGGGCACACUUGACUCGAGUUGUAGGACGUCGCGGGUUCUGCGAGGAUCCCAGAGGAUAUAUCGCAUGUACAACAAUCUGAAAACACCAGUUUGGCUCAUCUUAUGUGCCUCGGAAAAUCGAGUACAAAUCGCGAACGCGUCAAGACAAUGCGUGUCCCAAUAGGCAGCCGUUUCAAAUAGGGCAUAGUCCAUACCAUAUGGCAUUGACCAAAAAUAAGUUAUGGUUAAGUCUCUCAUGUUCACAUGUGGUUGUAGACUGUUGGUGAUCACAGCGCUAAAUGGUUGAUAUAAAAGGUACAGCUAAUUUCCAAAGCUUGUUGUCGCGUCUGAGACCUGAGACCUCUACAAAAUGGCGCUGUGACUCAUGCGGGAACGGUAGCCAACGAAGUCGCUCUGCUUGGCUUUCAUUGUUGCUUUUUGAUGUGAUACGUGGCUAUUUAUCCGGCACUUUUGUGUGCAUUGUUAUACUGCCGCUAUCUUUGUGUUGUUGUUGCGUGGGCGCACAUUGUGUGUGAAAUAAAUUAACAGAAUUGGA